GGUCAGAUCGAGCGAAUCUGUUGGCUGUCAGUUCUCAUAUCGAACUUCGAAUAUAUAAAGAACAACCAAUAUGUUGCCAUGCGAAUUCUGAGGAUUUGGUUUCAGUUCAUCGCUGUUCAAACCGGACCUUUCAAAAUCAUGGUUUAUAACUGCAACGCAGGAACGACCAGCGAAUGUAUGUUCGACAUCGAUGUUCGAUCAGUUUUCAUCACCGGUCAAUACCUGCUUUGCUGUUGCGGUUCGAUGCUCAUCAUCAAGGAGAUUCUUAACCCGGAUGAUUUUAGCCAAAUAGCAUCGAUCAACGUCAGUUCCAGCGUAUUUGCGGCAGAGAAGCACAAGGUUUUCGUCGGGUUACCAAAAAAAGUGUUGCAAUACACUUUUCAGGGCGAAGUGAAGCAGGAGCUGCCGUUGAAUGACUUAGAUGGAAGUCUGUUCAGCAUGGACUACAAUAACGGUUUCCUGUUGGUCACAACGAACACUGGCCACUUUCGUAUUUACAAAACUGCAAAUAAGUAUGUUGUUGUUUUCUCAUGGAAAGACGUUCCGGCUUACAAAUUCGGAAGAAGAAAUGCAAUUCGAGAAUUUGUCCAACAGAUUUUGCUUAUGAAGUAA